AGAAAUCAAACUCCCGCCUUGUUUCCGCCUAAAGUAUUCCCGCUUCCCGCCAAAUUCGCGCGCUGCCAGAUCUACACGCGCUCGUCGUGUCGGUCAACAACAAAAGAUUUUAUACUCUGGUGCGCAUUUGGGGUAAUUAGCCCUAUUUUUCGUGUUUUUUUUUGUUAUUUUGGAUAUUUCCUUUGGUGAGCCACGUCUGAUCGUGUCUUUUUUCUAUAAGAGUUAUGGAUGUCGCGGACAACUUUGUCGGUCAAAGCCAAGUGAAAGAUGAAGUCGGGGACAGGUGCCAAAAACUUUUUCAAGAUUUCCUCGAAGAAUGGAAGGACCAUAGCGGCGAGAUCAAGUACCUGGAGGCUGCAAAGGAAUUGGUGAAACCUGAACGUAAUACACUCCAAGUUAGCUUUGAGGAUAUUCAACGCUUCAAUCAGAGCCUGGCAACCACUAUCCAAGAGGAGUUUUAUCGUGUUCACCCUUUCCUGUGCCGAGCUGUGCGCAUCUUCGCAAAAGACCGUGGCGGCGUCUCUGUGGAGAAGGAGUACUACGUCUCGCUGGUGGAGUACCCCAGCGCGGUGCGCGUGCGUCAGCUGACCACCGACCGCGUGGGUCAGCUGCUGCGCAUCACGGGCCAGGUGGUGCGCAGUCACCCGGUGCACCCGGAGCUGGUGACGGGCACCUUCACCUGCCUCGAGUGUCAGACCGUCAUUACCGAUGUGGAACAGCAGUUCAAGUUUUCGUGUCCUACGAUGUGCCGUAAUCCCGAGUGCAACAACCGGACGCGCUUUUCGCUGGACUUGGAGAAGUCGCGGUUCGUCGACUACCAGAAGCUGCGAAUUCAGGAGACUCAGGCCGAGCUGCCGCGCGGCUCCAUACCCAGGAGCGUUGACGUCAUCGUGCGUGCCGAGGCGGUGGAGUCGGCUCAGGCUGGUGACCGCUGUGACCUGAUCGGCACCCUGAUCGUGGUGCCGGACGUGGCCUCCCUGGCCACACCGGGCGCCCGUGCCGAGACCUCCGCCAAAGUCAGAGCGGACGAGUCGGAGGGUGUGCGCGGCCUGAAGGCGCUCGGUGUGCGCGAGCUCAACUACCGUACCGCCUUCCUGGCGUGCACGGUACAGCCGGCGUCCGGCAGCGGCUCCGGCGGCGAGCUGAAGGCCGAUCAGCUGACCGCCGACGCCAUCAAACACCAGAUGACCGAGGCGGAGUGGAGCCGGGUGUACGAGAUGAGCCGCGACCGCAACCUCUACCAGAACAUCACCUCCAGCCUCUUCCCCACCAUCCACGGCAACGACGAGAUCAAACGCGGUAUCCUACUGAUGCUGUUCGGCGGCGUUGGAAAGGCGACUGGCGAUCACACCACGCUCCGUGGAGACAUCAACAUCUGCAUAGUGGGAGACCCCAGCACGGCCAAGUCUCAGUUCCUCAAACAGGUGACUGAUUUCUCUGCGCGAGCUGUGUACACGUCCGGCAAGGCGUCCUCGGCGGCUGGUCUAACUGCCGCCGUGGUUAAGGACGAGGAGUCACACGAGUUUGUCAUCGAGGCCGGCGCGCUGAUGCUGGCCGACAACGGCGUCUGCUGUAUCGACGAGUUCGACAAGAUGGACGUCAAGGACCAGGUGGCCAUCCACGAGGCCAUGGAACAGCAGACCAUCUCCAUCACAAAGGCGGGAGUGAAGGCCACCCUGAACGCACGCACCUCCAUCCUGGCUGCGGCCAACCCGAUCGGUGGCCGCUACGACCGCACCAAGUCGCUGCGUCAGAACAUCACCCUCUCGCCGCCCAUCAUGUCUCGGUUCGACCUGUUCUUCAUCCUGGUGGACGAAUGCAACGAGGUGACGGACUACGCGAUCGCGCGGCGGAUCGUCGACCUGCACAGUCGCAACGUGGAGUCGAUCGAGAGGGUCUACUCGAGACAGGAGGUGGCCCGCUACAUCACGUUCGCCCGCACCUUCAAGCCCAAACUCACCAAGGAGGCCUGCGAGUUUCUGGUGGAGAACUACCAGCACCUACGGCAGAGGGACGCCUCCGGCUCCGCCCGCUCUGCCUGGCGCAUCACCGUACGACAGCUCGAGUCCAUGAUCCGACUCAGCGAGGCCAUGGCCAGGCUCCACUGCUCAGACAUGGUUCAGCCGAAGCACGUGAAGGAGGCGUACCGGCUGUUGAACAAGUCCAUCAUCCGCGUGGAGCAGCCGGACGUGCACCUCGACGAGGAGGAUGAGGAUGAAGAGAUGGCGGAGCAACCGGAUGGGGCAGAGGCGGCUCCCGUCGCCGACGAGCAGCCGACCGUCAACGGAAACGGUCACUCGUCUCCAUCCAGCGACCCGCAGAACGACCAGGAAAAUAUCCGGCCCACCGAACAGAAGAAGAAACUGCGGCUCACCUACGAUGAGUACAAAACCAUGUCAAAUCUCAUCGUGUACUUCAUGCGCAAGAAAGAGGCAGAAUUCGAAGAGGUUUCCGGCGAGGACGUCGGUGUGCGCCGCAGCGACGUCGUCGACUGGUACCUGCUUCAGAAGGAGGCGGAACUGGAGACGGAGGCGCAGCUCCUCGAGAUGAAGGAGCUCGUAGAGAAGGUUCUGGACCGGCUCAUCUACAAGGACCAGAUCGUGAUCCCGCUCACCCACACGGGCCUGAAGGGCGCCGGUCACGACGAGGACAACCCUCUGCUGGUGGUGCAUCCCAACUACGUGGUCGACGAGUAGCCCGGCGCGCCGUCCGCGUGCUGCGUGAGUGGCUGACGGUUACCCGAGUCUCUGCUCGGCCGCAGUCACGCUGUGUGCUGACCUGGACCCGGGCACGAGUCCGAUCGAUGAUCUACAAACCUGAUGUGACUCCCAUUUACUCGCAGUCCUAUCGAGAAUAUUCUGCACAAGUGGGAUUGUGGGCCUGAUAAUCUCACCUUCGAAUUGCCAAUGAAAAGUGAAGAUCUCUUUGUGAAGAGUUCUUCGCGGCCUUCCAGCCGCGGUAAGGUGCCUUUUGCUGCUGUUAGUUCGCUGCUACCAGUCUUCGAGACAGAGUGGAUGUUAUUCUCACCGCUUUGCUCUUUGACUGCCAGUCAAUAGCGAUUGGCUGUCCCGCAAGUGAUGUUAACAAGAUACCUUGUUAAGCGUGUGCCAGGAGUCGUCUGAGCGGGCCUUUAGUGGGCGGUGCCGCGGGGCGAUGUAGCGAUUUACGCGUGUGUAGUUGGCUACUGCGGUCAGCUGCCAACCAUUGGGUGCCUUUGCGCUGCCUUGUGAACGUACAAACAGCAGAACGGUGAUGCACCGGUUGUAGAAGGUGAAUGAAUCACUCGUGAGCGGCGGCUGCGGCGUUUGAAAUAGUGUUCGUGGCAGUGGACACCGUGCCGCGUCUACAUGGGGACUUCCAUUUGUAUUUCCGUAUCAAGCUACAUUCCGGCACUUUUGUAAGAAUUUGAAUACAUGCAGUCGUUUUU